GUGAGGCUGCUUUCAAACAAUUGAAGCAUGCACUCAUGAAUCAUGAGGUUCUCAUGGUGCCCGAUCCUCAGAAGACUUUCAUUGUGACCACUGACACAAGCCAAUACGACAUUGGCGCAAUGCUGGAUCAGCAGGAUGGGAAGAAGUUGAGACUGAUUGAGUACAUGUGCAAGAAAAUGCCAUCAAAGAAACUGGCAAAGUCCACCUACGAAAGGGAACUCUAUGCUCUCUACAAGGCACUUGUCCAUUGGAGGCACUUUCUGUUGGGACGAUUUUUCUAUUUGAGAACUGACCAUCAGACCCUUAAAUGGAUCAAGACUCAACCUGCUCUUUCUGAUGCACUCAAGCGCUGGAUUAAGGUCAUAGAUCAGUAUGACUUAAAGCUGGAGUAUCUGAAGGGAGAGUACAACAAGGUUGCAGAUGCGUUGUCACGUAGGGCAAACUACCUAGGGGCGCUAGUUUCCGAAUUUGGCGUAUCUGAGGAAGUAAAUCAAUCGCUGGUGGGAACCUAUCAGGAAGACCCUGUCACGAUGGACAUCAUACGCAAACUGCAGGCGAAAGAUAAGGCCACGGAAGAUGAGUUUGUGAUGGUGGACGGGCUACUCUUUCUUGAUAAGGCCAAGUUUAAAAGAUUAGUUAUUCCAUCUAGGGAACGUUUGCGUAGUUUAUUUUUAGGGAAAUGUCAUGACGCAAUAGGACACUUUGGCUACAAGACGACAAGCGCUAAUCUGAUACAGCGAUUCUGGUGGCCCGGUACGCUAGAUGAUGCAAAGAAAUAUGUGGAGACGUGUCAGGUCCGUCAGCGGGACAAGCCGCGAACUCAAGCACCGCUUGGGUUGCUGAAGCCCUUACCUAUCCCCACUGGUCCGGGACAGAGUGUUUCCAUGGAUUUCAUGGACACCCUGGUGACCAGUAGGAGUGGCAAGAGGAACAUCUUUGUCAUCAUAGACCGAUUCACCAAGUACGCUAGACUAAUUGCCAUGUCAGAGACAACAAGGACUGAACACGUCAUCAAGUUGUUUAUGGACAACUGGGCCCAGACAUUGGAAGAAUUCGUACGGUCCGUGUAUAACAGGUGGCAUGACCCGCAAGGGGCUCGAAAGGCCACCGAUGCUAUCAACAAUCUUUGUGCCCGUAGGUUCAAGGAUGUUAGAGAGCUCACGGAUACCGUAGAGCGACUACUCGUGGUACCUGGUGUGCGCUUUGACCAGCAGGUUCUCCUGACGGAUUACCUAAGGUGCCUACCUGCAGAGGUAAGGACCAAGCUGGUUGAUGAAGCCUAUGUCGAACAACACACCUUCGCUUCUUUUAGUAAGAACGCUCUGGAUAUAGAGGCAAAGUUGGGAUCUGCGCAUAAGGCAUCUCAUGAUGGUAGGAAGAGACUACCCCAAGACUGGAAGAAGAAGGGUCAGUUAAUGUUCGUUGACCACGAUGGUCAUACGACUGAGAUUGACGAUUUCCCAGACCUUGGGGAGUUGACAGAGCAGGAUGGGGCUAGUGAGACUUCAGAUGGUGGAGUCGUGGCACCCAUCAAAGAAAAGGCUAGGGGGACCGGGAAGAAGAAGGUAGGACGGUCCACGGGUCAGGGAGACCAAGGGACACCCGCAUGGGUAAAGCUUGGUUUGGAUUACGAGGUGUGGAGAGACCGAGUUGCCAGGGGCACAUGCAUGAACAGUGGCAACUAUGGCCACACGUCCAAGACUUGCCGCGGCAAGAAGGUCACCACGAAGGUAGCCUCACCAACGGUGGUGGGCUUAUCUUCAAAUCCUGGGAGUGCUUCUGCGAGCAGCUCACAGGGAAACACCUCGGGCCAAUAGGAGUGUUAGCUGCUCUUACUCGUGCUGAAGUGGUAACGUUGCCUUCCCCACUUCAGGCGUUGGCCAAGGCUAGUGACCCACGCAUCGCCCCGCAGACACAUUCAGACCCAACGACGCUCUGUUCGAGAGAUGUGUCUGAGGCCCUAGAAGAGUUAGAGACUGAGUGGUCAGGAAAGGACCCCAGGGACUCUUGGGCGAUGAUCAGUAAAGGUCCAAGGGGUGA